CCCGCAACGAAGAUCCGACGGCUUCGCAGUUCCUCGCCCGUCCGUUUCUGCACUGCUUGCCCGCCGCACUCCCUUCAUUCGCUUCUCCCCUGCAUCGGAUCAUCACCCUCUCUUACCAUCGCCCAUCCCUCCACCUCUCUUGCCCAUCCCCAUGCACCCCCGCUUUGUCUCCUCCACCCUGACUGGCUCCGCCCGCGCUGUCAGGGCUGCCGUGUCUCGGCCCCGGGUUCCUUCCCUGGCCUUCACCACGCCCACUUCUCGCAAACGCAAGUGCUUCGAAUUUUAUCUCACGGCCCUAUAAUCAAUCUUCUUUGGCCACGGACUAAACUAACCAAACACUCUUGAACGCCCCUCCAGUCUUCCACACCUCGCCUUGGACCCUCUCCGUCAAUGCCCCCGAGACCAGCCCCGCCCCGACGCACUCCUCCAGCAAUCCACCCAUGGCCUUUCCUUGCGUCGAUCAUCUGGAACAGCGCACACAAAAGUUCCUGCAGUCAUUCGAUGGGGGUCCAGAGCCCUCUUACAGCAACCCGGUCUCCGGAUACAGUCUUUAUCAGCAUAACGAGCCUUUUCUGCUGGACCAUGGUGGCAUUUUGCCAAAGUUCGAGAUCGCAUACGAGUCCUGGGGCGAACUCAAUGCUGACAAAUCCAAUGUCAUCCUGCUCCAUACAGGACUUUCAGCCUCGUCGCACGCAAAAUCUCACCCUGCGAAUCCAGCACCAGGAUGGUGGGAAAAGUUCAUUGGCCCCGGCCUGGCGAUCGACACCAAUCGAUUCCAUGUGAUCUGUACCAAUGUCAUCGGAGGCUGCUAUGGCUCCACAGGCCCCUCAUCCAUUGAUCCCAAGGACAACAAGCCCUAUGCGACCAGGUUCCCCAUCGUCACGAUUUUCGAUAUGGUCAGGGCACAAUUUGAGAUGCUAAACUCCAUGGGAAUCAAAAAGCUGCAUGCCUCUGUCGGAGCUAGCAUGGGCGGUAUGCAGUCCUUGGCUGCUGCGCUGCUCUUCAAGGACCGUGUCGGCAAGGUCGUCAGUAUCUCCGCUGCUGCGCGUUCUCACCCAUACAGUAUUGCGCUUCGUUUCACGCAACGCCAAGUGCUCAUGGCAGAUCCGAAUUGGAAUAAGGGCUUUUAUUACGACAAGGUCCCUCCUCAUAGUGGAAUGAAGCUGGCUCGAGAGAUUGCUACUAUUUCGUAUCGAUCCGGCCCCGAGUGGGAACAGCGUUUUGGCAGGAAGAGAUCCCAGCCCUCAACGACGCCCUCAUUAUGCGCAGAUUUCUUGAUUGAAACCUACUUGGAUCAUCAGGGUGAGCGAUUCUGUUUGCAGUACGAUCCCAACUCGUUGCUGUACGUUUCCAAAGCCAUGGACAUGUUCGAUCUCUCAGCCUCGGUCUCAGCACAGACCGCCCUUCGAAGGGCCAGGAACACUCAGCGACUUCAAGAGGGAAAGGGAUCUUCGGCCCCUGAAAAUGCGGCGGUUCCUCCUCCUGAUGAGCAGGCUGCAGCAUGCUCCACAGGUGCUACCCCUGCUGGCUCAAAGUCUGGAAAUGAUACCCAGGACGACCCCAAGGCUCAAUUGAACGACUUGAAGGAGGGUCUGAACACCAUCAGAGACAUCCCCACACUUGUCCUAGGAAUCCAAUCGGACAUCCUGUUCCCUGUCUGGCAACAGAAGGAGGUUGCGGAUUGUCUGCGCGAGACCGGAAACAAGAAUGUAACCUACUAUGAGCUCGAUUCGAUGUACGGACACGACGCUUUCUUGCUCGAGAUCAUAAACGUCGGAAGUGCCGUCAAGGGACACCUUGAGCUCAAAGGAUAACAUGAAGAUACACAUCGCCCUCUACAUAGAGACUCCUCUACAUAAACCACACGUGACCCAUAAUCUUGGAUCUGGGGUGCAACAGCAAAAUAAACAAGUGGCGAAAUGAAGCAGAUAGAGCAGGUCUCCUCCUCCUUCGUUCAAAC